GUGGUCCCGGCCGUUGUUGUGGAGGGGCCGGUCAAGAUGGCGGCCGGGCAGGGGUGCGGCGGCGGUGGCAACAACGGCACUGGCAGCGGGACCGGGACGGCGGCCGGGAGCGGAGCGGCGGGGCUCGGCAUCCCCGCGCACCUCACGCUCUCCUUCUCGUCCGGACCGCACUGGGGCGCAGCAGCUCUGCCGCAGUCGCACACGGUGCGGAGCCUGGAGCGGGCCCUGGAGGAGGCGGGCAGCUCGGGCAUCCUGUGCCUGAGCGGGAGGAAGCUGCGCGACUUCCCCAGCAGCGGCUGCGACCUGAGCGACACCACGCAAGCAGAUCUUUCAAAGAACAGAUUUACUGAAAUUCCUCCUGAUGUCUGGUUGUUUGCACCACUGGAAACUUUAAAUUUGUAUCACAACUGCAUCAAAUCCAUUCCAGAAUCUAUUAAAAACCUGCAAAUGCUUACCUACCUUAACAUUAGUCGAAAUCUUUUGUCAACAUUGCCAAAAUACCUGUUUGAUCUUCCACUGAAAGUUUUGGUUGUCAGUAAUAACAAGCUGGUGUCCAUUCCAGAAGAAAUUGGAAAGCUGAGGGAUCUAAUGGAGUUGGAUAUUAGCUGUAAUGAACUUCAAGUUCUUCCCCAGCAAAUAGGAAAAUUGCAGUCACUUAGAGAAUUGAACGUAAGAAGAAAUAAUCUCCAUAUGUUGCCAGAUGAAUUAGGAGACCUUCCCUUGGUAAAGCUGGAUUUUUCUUGUAAUAAAAUUACAGAAAUUCCCAUUUGUUACAGAAAGUUACGUCACUUACAAGUUAUAGUUUUGGAUAACAAUCCAAUGCAGGUACCACCAGCACAGAUAUGCUUAAAGGGCAAAGUACAUAUAUUUAAAUUCCUUAGUAUUCAGGCGUGCCUCAGAAUAGAUAAAAAACCAGAUUCUUUGGAUCUUCCAUCAUUAGGUAAACGAAUCCCCUCCCAGCCACUUACAGACAGCAUUGAGGACUUUUAUCCCAAUAAAAACCAUGGACCAGACUCUGGCAUUGGAAGUGAUAAUGGAGAUAAAAGGUUGUCCACUACGGAGCCAUCUGAUGAUGAUACAAUCAGCCUUCACUCCCAGGUAUCAGAGUCAACAAGGGAACAGACAUUAAGGAAUGACAGUCAUGUAAUGGGAAGUAAACUGGAUCCACAGAAAGACCAGGAGGCGUUUGACUACAUUGAUCCCAGUGCAGAGGAGGGAGCUCUUCCUGAGCAGGGAGAUGCACAGAUUGGCCCCCUAUUCUCCUAUGUCAAGGAACGGGGAAAACAUCCUGAGAAAUCCCAGAAAAUAGAACAAAAUGAGGACUGGAGAGAUGAAAAAAGACUCCAGAAAAAACAGCUGCUGGCUGAAGAUGAUGAUGAACUCAAAGAAGUGACUGACUUGAGAAAAAUAGCAGCUCAGUUGUUGCAGCAAGAACAAAAACACAGACGAAGGCCACUAAGCUAUAGAACUUCAUUCAGUGAAAAGCUCUUCCAGAGGACCAGGGCGGCAGGACGUGCAUCAAGGCUUCUUAAUCAUUCAGUUUCAGUAAACACAAGGAACAGGCCAAAGCAGCCAAUGGAAUCUGAAAAAUGUGUUUCAACAAAUGAAGUGAAUUCCUCAGUGUCCCCAUACAGCUGGCAGCCACUGGAAAACCAGAAGGAUUCGGUGGAUGAGCAGCACUGGCCAGAAACACAGCCAGUAAUCUGGCAGAAUGAAGAAAGAAGGAGAAGUAAACAAAUUAGAAAAGAGUAUUUCAAGUAUAAGUCUUCCAGAAAGAGUUCAAGUGGAAAUGAAAAUGAUGAGCAAGACAGUGAUAAUAUUAAUGUGUCCCCACAGUCUCCUGUGUCAUCUGAGGAUUAUGAAAGGAUAGAUAGUAACACUCAUGGUCCAUUUGGUCUCAAGCCAAGAUCAGCUUUCAGCCGUGCCUCACGCCAGGACUAUGGUGCAGUGGAUCCUGGGUUUACUAUGAGGAGGAAGAUGGAACAUUUAAGGGAAGAAAGGGAACAAAUCAGACAGCUUCGCAGUAAUCUUGAAUCCAGGUUGAAGGUAAUUUUGCCAGAUGACAUUGGAGCAGCGUUGAUGGAUGGGGUGGUUCUUUGCCAUUUAGCCAAUCACAUAAGGCCACGUUCUGUUGCCAGCAUUCACGUCCCAUCGCCAGCAGUGCCUAAACUCAGCAUGGCAAAGUGCCGAAGAAAUGUUGAAAACUUUCUUGAUGCUUGUAAAAAAUUGGGCAUUCCACAGGAGAGACUUUGCUUGCCUCAUCACAUUCUGGAGGAAAGGGGUCUGGUGAAGGUUGGCCUCACAGUUCAAGCUCUGCUUGAGUUGCCUGCAUUGAAAGUAUCUCAGCUUUCUUCCAUGUGACACAACUUCUUGGCAGCUAGACAGCUUCCCAUUUGCUCUGUUACAGAUUUCUCUGAGGCACUUCAGCCACCUACAUGGGAACACCCAAGCCAUCAAAAACUAAAACCUGUCCAGAUGAUGUAGAGAGCCUUACUUUGGAGCUUUGUAUGAAAACCUUGGAGUCAGUUCACUGUUAAAGAACAUAACUAUUUUUUUUCUUCUCUUUUGUAAUUGGAUGUAUAAAGAGAAUGUGGUAGCAUCAGGUUCUCUUUCUAGUUAAGUUAAAACUGCCAUUUAACAUCUGAGUGUUAGAGUUAAAUGCUAGAUUUCUUUUUUUUUACAUUGAAAAUGUUGUAUAAAUUACUUUUGAAAGUACAAAGCACACCUCCCGUCACUUUAAUUUUUUGAGUCAAUCAUUUGAUUUAAAGAUAAGUCAAAAAUAUAGCGAUGGUAUGAUGGUAAAAAUGAUGAUGAUGAUAUGAUGGUAAAAAAUGAGCAACUGAUCACUUGUAAUUCCCUUUCACUCUCUGAAAGCUUAAUAUUUGUGUUCCUUGUUUUUUGCACUCCUGAUUGUAACUUACGCACUUCUAACAUUACCAGUAUUGAGUCUGAGUGUCUGGUGAUUACACAGAACAGGAUACAAUGAGAAAAGGACACAGAUUAUUGAGUUUUCCCAGUCUUCUAGGUUGGUGCCAGAUUUUUUUUUUCAGUUGUACUGUAGAUUGUUUACCUGUGAAGUGCCUGUGUAAUUGAUAACUCUUAAUAGUCGUAAACAUUUUUGAAGUGUCUUUGUUUAAAAUAGAUAAAAUAGAAUUUUUUUAAUAUUUUAAUAGUUUUUUUGUAAAAUCAGUAUGUGAAGAUUUAAGAAAUACUUCACGUUUUUGAUGUUGGGUGUUUUAAGUUUGUUGCACAAUUUAAUUGUUGUCUAAUAAUUAGAAAAUACUGUAAAUACUUUUUAUUUAUGAUAUUUAAUUUGAUAAUACUUAAUUACUUUUGGUUUAUUGUAUUGUUGGACAAAAACAAUGUUGUCUACUUUUCUUUGUUUUGGACAAACAAAUACACAUGAUGAAUAAGACAGGAGGACUAGUGAUUCAUACAGAGUAAUUUAGGACAUUUUGAUAAAACUGCCAAAAUCUCAGGUUUACACUGUGAUGUUCAGGAUUUUAUGUAAUAUUGCUCCUGAUCUCACUUGACAUUUUUACAACAGAUAUAUCCAUAAUUUAGCUGGGAAUUAUCAAUGUUUAUCUUUUUAGUGUUUGCAGGCUUUAUUGUGUAAUUUACAUGAGCGUGGCAUUAGCACACAGGUCACUUUGUACAAACAUCACUGUGCUGAGAAAUUGGAUGGAUAAAUGUGAAAACAAAACAUUUCCACUGUGUUGCUUCUGCACAAAUUCUUGGUGUGUUGAGAAUAUUUUGAAACCAUACAUAGUUGAAUUCUUCUCUAAACAAGUUGCAAAUAAUUUCAUAAUUUUGGUAGUAGAUCUGUUUGUAUUAGUUUGUUCUUCAUGAAUAGGUAGCUCAAUUAAAAAAAUGUUUUGACUGCCACAGAUUUUUUAUUUCAGGCUAAGUUAUUUUCAGUUGAGGGAUAUGUUUGCCGGGCAUGUGACAAGAUUUGAUUCUGUUCUUUCCAAUUGACCAAGACCCUAUGUAAGAUAAUUCAUCAAAGAAUGAGGAAAGAGUGUUGUCUGUUCCUUCUACUAUAGUCCUUAAAGGCAAUAGCUGAUAGGAAAAAUAACUUUUCUGAUGAUAAGUUUAAAAAUACCACUUAUUUUAAAAAACAUUGAAAUAACUUUGUGUUCAUGUAAUAGUUAAAAUCCACUAUUACUCAUAUAGUGUUGCCUUAAAACACAGCUUAUGGAAAGGCUGGUGUAUAAAUUAAUUUGCAAAGUCCUAGAUAUAAAUCAUAGGUUAGAUAAUCAUAGGUUAGAUAAAUAUGUGUUUAAAGAAACUGGAUUGUUUUGACAUUUGAAAUACCGUAUUUCAAAUCUAUCUCUAAUUGGUUCUUGUAUCUCUUCUAAUUGUUAUUUUAGCAACUUCAGUCUCUGUUUUCAUUAAUGGCACUAUCUGAAAAGUCAUGCAAAAACUAAUGAAAAAGUUAUAAUUCAUUUAGCAAAAUGCUAGCCUGCUACAUUUAGAAAAUCCAGCCACUCAAAAAGAGUAAGUCUCUGUCUUUCAUUUCACUGUUUUUGCUACUACCAGAGCUAAGUUCUAGUUCAGUGUUAGCCAUGGAAGUGCUAACUAUAAAUUGUCACUUUGUUAUCUGAAAACUGAUCUCCACUGUUAUUUCAUUGUCAUAUUUAAAAACAUUUUCUGAUCUUAAGGUAACAUUUUUCCUUCUUGAACUAAUUUUAUUAAGUUACAUCGCAGUAUAAACAUUAAGAAUUCUCUUGAUGGAGCAUGGCAGCUGCUGACUACUUAGGGGUUUUUCAAACUCCUUAGUAAGUUGAAAACUGGAUAUGAAACUUAUGUACUAAUUUUAAAAUGAAAUCUACUAAAAAAAUAUUUUUUUUUAGUACUCUGCAGUUCUUCCCCACAGACUUGCUACCAGCUGUCGUGCUUUGCCAUUCCUUGGAAAUUAUUAUGGCCACCUUCUUGCUCAUGGGGAAGGAUAGUCAUGAGUCUUCCAAGGCUUCCCUUUUAGCAUGGCAAAGAUUAAAGCCUUCAAGUACCCUUAGGAGCAGUAUGAGAAAAGACCCACUGUGCAUGGAUUAAUCUUUUUCUCAUCUCUUAACUUUUUACUACUAAUAAUAAUAAUUUAAAGCGUUACUAGCACUGGCUCGUACCCAUUGUUAUUUCUUUAACAGCAAUUUCAAAAAUGAUACUAAAAAGAUUUGAAUUUUAAGUUUUCAUUUCCAGGCCUUUGGAAAUAGUUGUGUCUUCUCUGUUCAAGAAUUUGCAUAUACUCUAUUGCUUUUACCCUCUCCUUUUGAUUCCCAGCAUCUUAUUUUUGUUCAUUCUCAGAUCUAGUGCAUUCAGGCUGUUGGUUACUCUGGGCCACUUCCCAUCUUCCUCCUGAAUUUUUUAAAGGAAUUGUUCCAGUGGUGCUGGUGAGCCAUUGUGAUUCCAGAAUCCAUUCUCCAAACAUUUUCAGUGUUUGAGAUAUACAUCUUCCAUUUUGUUUAGGAUUUGUUUAGUACUUAAUACAGCUGAUAGGGAAGGUAAAAACUGAGGCCUGCUCAGUUCCUGUUGCACUCAUUCUGUUUUCACUUACAACAUGAAGAAAAGUCAACAUUAAAAGCUUUAGGAAGGUGCAUUAAGUUUUCCUAAUAAACUUUGCAAUAAUGGGGCAUGAAUUGUAAAUUACAGAGUGGAUCAGCAUAGUGGCAGGGCUUCUGUUGUUGUGUAUUUUUUUCUGUGUUUUGUGUCACUGGAUGCAGUAUGUUACAUGUGACUGAACUUUCACUUGAGCAAUAAUGUCCCAGAUAUGGUGAGGUCUUACAGCAGUGACAGUAAAAUAAUCGUUGUGAAGUGUGGUGUCUUCCCAGAGAGGAUCUCAGAAAUGCUUUUCAUCUGUUCUUCAGCACUGCUCACUGGGGCACUGCUGGGGAUGCAGAAACCAUCCAGACCCCUAACCUGGAGGAUUUCCAAAAUCUAACCAAGAACUAUGAACAUAAAAUAGGGAGGAAUGGAUUUGAAACAAUAAAUAACUGACAUGAAUAAUAAGAUUUUUUUUUUUAAUCCUAGGCUUUAUUGAAGUCAAGGCAAGUUUUACCCUUGAAUUCAGUAGAUUUUUGCCUUUUCUAUUUGUGGAGCAUCUGAGCUGAAGACCGUAGCAAACAUGGCUUAAACUUGUUUGACACUAGCAAACUUUAGUGGCAGAUUCUUGACUAAAAUAGUGACCUCUGGUAAGUCAAAUGAAGUUGUAAAAUGUUAUGUGGAUUCAUUUAAUAAAAAUUUUCUGAUAAGCCAAAUAGUAUUUAGAUGGUAGGAAAAAUUACAUUGAAGUGGGAUGGUGUUGUUACCUCAAUAAAAUUGUAGGUGAUGACAACCAUUAGGUUUUUACUGCACUAAAAACUUCAUUUUAAAUACCAUAUAAUUUAGUGGCAGUCUCAUCAGAUUUUGAUGUAAAUCUGUAGCUAAAUCAAAACAAAAAUGAAGACAUCUGUUUUCACUAACUUUCAUAUGUCAUGUUGGUACUGAAGAGAAAGAGAGAGGGAUGAAGGUCUGGCACUUCUUCCUUUUCCUGAUUCCUUAAGUGUUUAUUUGAAAGGCUGAUUCCACUGAUUUCAACUGAAAGCAACCUCUGUGAAUUUUUAGCACUUCUGGAGAUAGGAGAUGUGGUUUGGUAUUGACAAAUCAAAUGUCACUUCCCAUACCAAAUCAGGCUAAUGUGUUUCUGUUAGAGGAUCUCUACUUGAAAAGCCAAAGUAAAUAAACGCACCCGAACAUACAAUUUGGAAUUAAGAAAAUGUCAUUAAGACCAGCAAUGGGAAAGGCAAAGUAGAGUUGUCCAAGCAGAGAGUGCUCUGAAUUGAUUUCACAUUAAAUCACUUCAGGAAAAGCCUUCAGUCUUAGUAAAGAAGUGUUUUGUAGCUGAGGGAUGAGGAUCCUGGAGUGUGUGGAGCUUUCAACAGAGCUUAGAACAACAAGGGAUUUGCCAUCUUUGUGUUCCCAGAGCCCAUUUGGUUUGGAUAACUCCGUCCCAGUGCUGCAGGAAGUGCUGCCCAUGCCCAGCCCUGGGAAGGGGACCUGGCAUGUGCCCCUUGUGAUCCCCUGCCUUUGUACCAGUGAGGCUGUGCAGGACAACUGCUGACAAAAGCACCUCCUUGCUCUUAAAGAGAUGCUGCAACCUGAGCAAAACCACCAAGUGAUAAUUUGAGAGUAAUUGCUAAUAGAUACUCAGCAAUAUUUAACUUUCCCCGGCAGUGGUGAUGUAGUGAGGCAGAGGACACUUUUGCUUGUAGGAGCUGCAGACCUUUUCUAAAUGCAAAUUGCACCAUGGCUCUGAACUGGUUAAUGUGGCCCUCUUGCACUUCCAGGAGGGAAUGCAAACAGUAAUGCUGGGUUUGUUCCAUAUGCCACACACUGGGUCAUGUGUAAUUCAUUUACAGACUGACGGACAGGUGAACUGUCUGUUCUUAAUGAGGUAUGUUAUGAUACAGGUUUAUUUUGGAAAAUAAUAACAUAAUUUUCUCUUUUCCUGUGAAGAAUUCUGCUGAUCUUCACUGCUUAAAUAGAGAGUAUAUGUGAUUAAUUGAAUUUUAGUUAAAACUUGCCACUGCACAGAAGCAGUUCUGGCUCCUGUGUUUGUUACAUAAUAAAAUGCCCUUUGCUUGUUUUGUCUUUAAGUAUUUUCACAUAGUACAGUUUUGGCAACAUACUGUCUUAAAAUGGUGGUUAUAUGAAGUGUUUGUUCCCUCAUUGGGUUUGACCAUUAUUUUUUCAGCAUGAGAGGCAACGGGCAGCAAAAUUUCUCCAAGACUGUUUGGUCAAUUUUAGGGAAGGCACACCAGUUAUCAUAAAAUUACAUAUAAUCUAUCAUUUUUAGUUCAAAUUAUAUAUAGCCAAUUACAAUUUCAAAAAAUAAUUUUCAGAGUGUUUUUUACAUUUUAGAAUCCUAAUCUUAAAACAAGCAAAAACCAAAAAUUUUUUCCAUGGCUACUCUAGUUUCUUAGAGAACUCUAAAGGAGAAGAACAGUUUGGACUGACAGCAAUUUAAUUGUUUUGGAAAAAUUGUGAUUUUGGCAGUGCUAAACUUGCAGUUGAACUUGAUCCAUUUAAAGUCUUUUCCAGCCUAAAUAAGUCUAUGAUUGUAAGGCUUCAGUGAGAUCAGAAUUUCCCUCCAGAGUUUUGUAACUCAGUUACUGCAUAAAGUCAGUAAUUUAAAAUACAUUCUUGGCACUAAGGAGGGUUUCUUCACUUCAUCCAAAGUUAAGUGAAAUAAGGCAAACAUAACUUUUUCCAUCAUGGUUUUAUGAAGGCAGAUUGUAAAAUAGAGAAUAUUUGGAAAUGCCACAAGGAUACUUUUUUGCUUUCAUUUAAAAAUGAGUGAGCCAGUGAGAUAUUUCCAAAAUGACUAUAUUUGUGUAGGGUUUGGUUGUGCCAUACUUGGCAUGGGAGCUUGCAGUAACUGUUCAGUAUUUGUAUUCUGAAGCUGUGCAGGACUGUGCUCUUCACAUGGAGCUGCUGAUGCAGUUGUGUUUGCUGAAGGGAUGUGAUACCUGAAGCAAAUUCCUGCAGCCAUGGGAGUUCCUGGCUGUAGCUGCUCUUGGCUGUGGCACCAGCAGCAAGGCAAAGCUGAAAUUCCCAGGAGGAGCACACACAGGUGUAGUGAAAAAGGGUGGGUUGGUGGAAUAUAUUGGGAGUAAUGUGAAUAUUUUCUAUUAUUAUGGAAUGUCUAGAACAAUGAAAAUGUGAUUGCUUUACAAUUAUCAUUCAGUUGAUAUUCAGUUAUUUUAUUUUGUAAUUUGUAGUUUUAAAACUCAGAAGAUGCAAUGUAACCAAAUGGUCAACAUGUAAAUGUGUGCAGGAUGUGGCAAAAGUAGUUCUGAGGACACAGGAAGAGAGUGAUCAUUUAAAAUAGAUGCUCAAAUUGUGUACAUACUUGCAAAGUUUUUGAUAGUGCAUUUAAAUUGAUUUUGCAUUUCAUGUUCUUGUAAAGUGCAUCUUUCAUACUUCUGAAGAUUGUCUACUUGUACUAUACUGUAUUAAGCCUUUUUUCAGGAUUUCCAUUAUUGCUCUAGCUUCCAACAUACAUGUUUCUUCCGAAAAAUGUUCUUUUUUUUUUUUUUCUUUUUUUUUUUUUUUUUUUUUUUUGUAAAUAGUGUUUUGUAUUAAAUUUGCAUGGAUAAACCCACGUUUCCAAAACCAGUGUACAGACGCUGUGUAUAAAAUAUAAACUGUUUCAUGAUUUUCAUGUAGUCAAGUUAUUCAAUUUGAUUUCAUUUCCAUUUAUAUAUUUGUAGUAAAUAAUGAGAAUUUGUUGUAUGUUCUCUCAAA